CGCGCGGGCUUUCCCCAUGGGACGCCAGCGAAAGGUCGCGCGCUGCUCUGUAGCCUACGGAUGCGCUUUCCCCUCCCAACCGGCGUCGCCUCUGCGUGCGGUGACCACACCUGCAACCGGGAAAGUCCGCUAGACCUGCGCACGGUUCAGUGAAAGCGAGAGGCACACACAAUCACCAUCGGAGGCUCCACAUCGGAGAAAGGUAGUCAGUCUAGUCAGGAUUAUGUUGAUUAUUGAGACUAUACUGUUUCAAACCGUCCUUUCACGCACCUCACGCACCAAACGCGCGGCAUAUGGUUUGGAUUUGGAAAUACCUCCCGGCGCAGGAACGAAGAUUUGUGGAGUCGUUCCGUUUCGGGGAUGAAUAGCGACAGGGAAUGUGCCAGCACCACGCACAGUUUUUGACUGAUGCAGGCAAGCUACUGUAGAGCCAGGUGUCUGAGGUCUCGGCAGGGAGUCAGUGCAAGCUGAGAGGGGUAGUGACAUCACCGUCAACAUCACUAGGUCCUGCUGAAGAGAGAUUGAAAACAACAUCAGGAACAGGGAGAGGUGGGGGGAGACACGUGUUUCCUAGUUGUAUUAGUAUUUGCUAUCAAGCACACAGUCCACAAUUAAAAUAGCAUUAAGCCCAACUGAGUUGCUGAGUCUGCCAAUUGUCCCCUCACCGUGCCUGGCCACAGAGAGGGUCCCGAGGCCCCUGACUGGCUGGACUGUGACAGAAACAUAGACACUGCCUGAAUAAUGAACCAUUCAGAACCUCUCUCUCUCUCUCUCCACCCGCCACGCCUCCAUCCAGCCCUGCCUAGCCUCAUCCCCAGACGCCUGCCUGCCUCAGGCCCCUAGCAGCACCAGCCUCCCGGCCCCCAUGGAGCUUGGCACUGAUGCCCAGCGCAAAAACAGAUGGUGCCAACCCUGACCCCUCUCAUCACCCGUGGAGACCACCCAUUGACAGGAACAGGAAGAGGAGGCACUGUUGCCACGGCAACUCCUGGCCACACAUCCUCUCCAAGGGCCUCAGUUAACACAUUCACACAACAGGACCUCGGCGAGGACCCCGUUUGUGUCAUAGUCAGCUAACUCAUUGCCUGUGAGACUACAACACAACCAGACUUUUUUCUGUAGGCGUCCCAUUCCAUGCCUGCUUGGCCUGUAUGUGAAUGUGCUGAUGGACCAGUGCAGGAACGUGACAUCAGUUUACUGAAAGCCAAUGAAACUCCAUCCUGUCGGGGACUGCUCCUCUUUCCCUGCUGGCUGGCCUGGGCUCUCAGGCCUGUAUUAAUUAUUAAAGGGACCCCUCAGUACUGCUGGUAGCUCUAAAGGCCUCUUUAAACACCUGCUGAUUGGAGGGAGUGGUGUGUCGGUACAAACACUGCAGAGAGGAAGUAGGGACAAGCCGUUUGAGCCGUUUGACUGCAGAUCAAAGCAAAGCCUCUGCAACUGUCUGGCCCCCUUGGCUUUCAUCUCCUCCUGUCAGAAGUAAAACAACUACCAUUUUGUUUAUUUUUUACUGGAUAUUAUGUUAUGUGAACCCGUUAAUACUUGAUCUACAGACUGAUUAUAAUGUCAAAUUCCUAUUUUAAAAGAACAGAACUUCAAGAUAAAAUGAGACACUAAUGACUUGGUGGGAUGAAUUCAGCAGGGCCAAAUAACAUAGGGAAUAGAGUGUCCAUAAAGCAUAGCUCCUCUGUCGAGUCGACCAACAGACCGACCUUUUCAAAAACUCUGAACCAAAAAGAGGUCUUAGUAACUGAUUCUCAAGGUUUACGAUUAUCUGUGGGAUUUCAUCAUCAUUAUCACAGAGAAUUUGCAUAACUGAAAUAUGCUGCUCUGCAUAUAACCGUCAUCAACCUUGCUAGGUGCUCCAGACGUUUGGGGGAAGUCAUUGUCUGCCUCUGUGCCUGUCUGCUAAAUACAGAAGAGAUAGACUAGAGAAUAGCUCACACAGAGGAGCAGAUGAUGAAGGUAUUUAUGAUGAGGCCUCUGGUAUCUGAGUGAUGUGAAGGAGAGGUCCUAUCAGCUCUGAUAAGAGAGCAGGCAGAAAGCCUCUAGAGAGGAGAAUGAGAGAGACUGCGUGUGCGUUAGUGCUGAGCGAUUAGUGCUUUUUGAAGUCGGUUCGGUUUAAAACAAAUAAUCACGUUUUUCAAUUUUGGUUUCGAUAAAUACAAAAUAUUCGUUUUUUUAAAAUUAAUUAUGAAAAAAACAAAUUUUUGAGCUUUUGAAUUGAAAUUCCAAAGCCAAAUAUUGAGAUCAAUCAAUUGUCUCUAACACAGAAUAAAGCAAUGAAUGAGCCCCAUGAUGUGACUGCCAAUUACUGCUUAGCACUUAUUAACAAUAAUGAAUUCACAUUACUAUAUUACUACAUUUUUUAAUUUAAUUAUUUCAUUUCUUAAGGUUGUCAUCUCAUCUCUGCUCAGGCAGUAGCAGCCAGACGACCAUCUAGCAUUAUCCCUGUGCUCACCAACGAGCCGUGCUCCCCAACGAGCCAAGCUCCAUGGCCUUAGCUAGCGAAAAGGGUAGCCCCUGAUCAUUGGGUUGCCACAGCUGCCCACGCUGCAGAGCUGUCUGCUACAACUGUCAAUCGUUUAGUAAAGCCAUACGUCCCAAACUGUCUGUCUCUGUUGUUGCUGUGUUGUACAUUCCUCUCUCAUGCGGUCUGUGUGCAGCUCCAGGAAGAAUAGGCUAAAUAGAUUCUGGUAAUUGUAGUUUAACAGGGUUGGGGAGUAGUGAACUACAUGUAGUUCAAUUAGGAAUUUUGCAGUAGCUUGGUGGUGGUUGAGCUAAAUUCAAAAUCUUGGUAGUGUUUUGAGUAGUUAAAUGUUUUGCGGUGUAGCUAACUACUGAAACUACACACUACUUUUUUUGAAAAAAAUAAAAUAUGGGUGAAGUAAGCAAGAAUACAUUUUUCAUUUUUAAUUUUCACUUGAAAUAUAGUUGUGUUUAAUAGCUAUUUUCACAAGCAUGUGGUGAAUUUGAUACAUUUUUUGUACAAAACGCCGAAUUAGUCAGUUGUAACUUUGUACAUUCAUUUUGUUUGUAGACAUCUUUCACCACACAACCAUUGAUCCCAAAUAUAAGGUUACUGUGAAAUAUAAUGAGUAUAUAACGACACAAGGCGAGAUUCAGAUGCAGACACAGGAGGCAGAUGGUUCGAGUCUCUGGUAUUUAUUUAACAACGAGGGAGGCAGGUCGAGAGUUCAUAACCAGCUCCAAACGGUACAGGGCGGCAGGCAUGCUCGAGGUCAGGGGCAGGCAGAAUGGUCAGGCAUGCUCGAGGUCAGGGGCAGGCAGAAUGGUCAGGCAUGCUCGAGGUCAGGGGCAGGCAGAAUGGUCAGGCAUGCUCGAGGUCAGGGGCAGGCAGAAUGGUCAGGCAUGCUUGAGGUCAGGGGCAGGCAGAAUGGUCAGGUAGGCAGAAUGGUCAGGCAGGCGGGCUCAGUGUCAGGGCAGGCAAAAGGUUAGAACCGGGAGGACUAGAAAAACAGGAGCUUGGAAAAACGCUGGUUGACUUGGAAAGACAAGACUAACUGGCAACAGACAAACAGAGAAUACAGGUAUAAAUACACUGAGGGUAAUAGGGAAGAUGGAGGGGGGUGGAGACAGGACAGGUGAAACAGACCAGGGUGUGACAGAGUACAUUGGUUUUAUCACCAAAACAUAAGAUAAGGAUAUCUUCUGAUUUGAGCUGUUUUAACAACCAGUUAAUCCAAUAGCAAAAAGUGCUAAAAUGCACGUCUCAAAAUUGCCCUUUUGAGGUGCUGAAAGUAAAAUGCUACAGUACUGUAAUUUACAGUACAUUACACUGUUUUGGGCUAUACACUUGCACUACCCAUCAAAAUGUACUGCAUCACAUUUCCAUAAUUUCUAUCAUCAGUGUGAUCAUUGAAUACAUCUUCAACAAUCAUUGAUGCAAUUGUAUUUAUUUAUAUAUAUACACAGUGCAUUCAGAAAGUAUUCAGACCCCUUGACUUUUUCCAAUUUUGUUAUGUUACAGCCUUAUUCUAAAAUUGAUUAAAUCGUUUUUUUCCCCCUCAUCAAUCUACACACAAUACCCCAUAAUGACAAAGCAAAAACAGUUUUUUUUUUACAUUUUAGAAAAUGUAUAAAAAAACAAAAAAAGGAAAUAUCACAUUUACGUAAGUAUUCAGACUGUUUACUCUGAACUUUGUUGAAGCACCUUUGGUAUCAAGCCACGAACAGGGUUAUCCUGGAAGAAAUCUUGCUUCAGUCUGCUCUGACAAUGUUCCCCAACUCUGAGGAUUGUUUUUUCCAGCAGGUCAAUGCUCCAUGCCACACAGCCAGGUCAAUCAUGGUGUGGAUGGAGGACCACCAGAUCAAGACCCUAUCAUGGCCAGCCCAAUCUCCAGACCUGAAGCCCAUUGAAAACCUCUGGAAUGUGAUCAGGAGGAAGAUGGAUGGUCACAAGCCAUUUAACAAAGCAGAGCUGCUUGAAUAUUUGCGCCAGGAGUGGCAUAAAGUCACCCAACAUCAAUGAGAAUGACUGGUGGAGAGCAUGCCAAGACGUGUGAAAGCUGUGAUUGAAAAUCAGGGUUAUUCCACCAAAUAUUGAUUUCUGAACUCUUCCUAAGUUAAAACAUUAGUGUUGUUUAAAAAUGAAUAUAAACUUAUCUUAUUUGCAUUAUUCGAGGUCUGACAACACUGCAUAUUUUUUGUUAUUUUAACCAAUUGUCAUUUUUUGUUAAUAAAUGCUCUAAGUGACUAUUUUUAGUUGGAAUUUGGAAGAAAUGUUGUAGGUAGUUCAUUGAAAACAACAUUUUUAUUUUACCCAAACACAUACCUAUAAAUAGUAAAACCAGAGAAACUGAUAAUUUUGCAGUGGUCUCUACAUGAUACUAUAUAUCUACAUGAUACUAUGCUAUAUACUACAUGAUCAAAAGUACUCGUUGAAUGUCUCAUUCCAAAAUUAGGGACACUAAUAUGGAGUUGGUCCCCCUUUGCUGCUAUAACAGCCUCCACUCUUCUCUGUAGGCUUUCCACUAGAUGUUGGAACAUUGCUGCUAUCACAGCCUCCACUCUUCUCUGUAGGCUUUCCACUAGAUGUUGGAACAUUGCUGUGGGGACUUGCUUCUAUUCAGCAUGAGAGCGUUAGUGAGGUCGGGCACUGAUGUUGGGCGAUUAGGCCUGGCUCGCAGUCAGUGUUCCAAUUCAUCCCAAAGGCAUUCGAUGGGGUUGAGAUCAGAGCUCUGUGCAGGCCAUUGCGCAUGGUGAUCUUAGGCUUGUAUGUGGCUGCUCGGCCAUGGAAAUCCAUUUUAUGAAGCUUCCGACUAAAAGUUAUUGUGCUGACAUUGUUUCUGGAGGCAGUUUGGAACUCGGUAGUGAGAAAUUAUUUUUACACGCUGCUCGCUUCAGCACCCGCCGGUCUUGUUCUGUGAGCUUGUGUGGUCUACCACUUCUCUCCUGAGCUGUUGUUGCUCCUAGAAGUUUCCACUUCACAAUAACAGCACUUACAGCAUUGACAGGGACAGCUCUAGCAGGGCAGAAAUUUGACGAACUGACUUGUUGGAAAGGUGGCAUCCUAUGACGGUGACACGUUGAAAGUCACUAAGCUCUUCAGUGAGGCGAUUCUACUGCCAAUGUUUGUCUAUGGAGAUAGCAUGGCUGUUUGCUCGAUUUUAUACACGUGUCAGCAACGGGUGGGGCUGAAAUAGCCGAAUCCACUAAUUUGAAGGGGUGGCCACAUACUUUUAGCCAUGUAGUGUAGUUUGGAUGUAGUGAACUGCUUUUUCAAAGUAACUCUUAAGUGAACUAUAUUUUUCUUAAGGGUAGCUUAAUGUCUUUCAGUGUGAGGUAAUUGGUAGCUUGGCAAACUAUAUUUUCAGAGUAGCUUCCCCAACUCCGGUAGGUAAUUACCACGUUUUCUGCGCUGAACUAGGUUGAAUAUUUGCCUAUUGAAAACUCCCUACAGCAUCUCAGAGUUCGUUCUUGAUUUGAUGUCUCUCGUGCUUGAUAGGAUUUCUCACUAGAGAAAUGGCACGCUGAGCUCACAAGAAAACCAAACUAAAUGGACUCGGUUUGGAUUACGUUGGGGAAUUCAAGUAAUUGAACCAACGUCAAUCAAAUAGUUGUUUAAUAAUCAGAAAAUGUUUUUGUUAAUCGCUCAGCACGUGUGUGUAUGUGUGUGUGUGUGUGUGUGUGAGAGAGAGAGAAAAGAAUGUGUGUUUUGGUAUAAGAGAGAAAAGCCAAUUAUAUAUGUGUGUGUUUCUAUUGUUUUCAUCCAGCUCAUAUGUCACCUCAAUUACUGCCUUCUAUUCCUGUUAUACCGUCAGUGGCAUCAGGUGCAAACCUGCUGGGAUUUAAUUAGUGACUCAACAACACAAACACUGUACCCCCCACAUACACACACUGUACACCUCGUAUACACAUCCACCUCAUAAUUAUGAACUGAAACGGCGGGAGUCCAAUAUACACAAUGCACUCUGUUAUUUAGUAUCCCUUCACUUCACACCUAAUGUGAACACCUUAUGACUCAGCUGUACUGUGUGUCAUAUCUCAGUGUGAUGACCCCUGUGUGUUGAUGAGGACUCAGCUCAACCUGCUGCUUGGAGGCUCAGACACACUAGUAGUGUUCUGUUUGUGUCAGCAGACUAGACCAGGUCUGUUAGAGGACAGUUGUAAUUCCUGUCAGAGAGCUGCUGGUGCUCUGUGCUCGCCUCGCUCAGUGCCUCGGCUCGCGCUAUUGACUUUGAUUAGUAAAGGGGCUGUCAGACUUUUAAAGACAAGCUGUCUGUGCCCUGACCUUGAGAGUCGCUGGGACUACAGGGACAGCCCAUUGAUAAAAGGAGUCAUACUUGAGCCCUGUUGUGAGAGGGGCUGUAGUCAGCGUUGCGAUGCCAUCUUAGAAAUAUCGUAGGCUAGUUUAGCCACCUCCUCGUAGGACCAAUUUGUAAGUCGCUCUGGAUAAGAGCGUCUGCUAAAUGACUUAAAUGUAAAUGUAAAUAUCACCUCGCAGGGGAAUGAACAGGAGGUGGCACACAACACAGGACGAGAGCUGGGCGGCUAAACUAGCCUACGAGGAGUUGGCUAAACUAGCCCACAAGGAGGUGGCUAAACUAGCCUACGAGGAGUUGGCUAAACUAGCCCACAAGGAGGUGGCUAAACUAGCCUACGAGGAGUUGGCUAAACUAGCCCACGAGGAGGUGGCUAAACUAGCCUACGAGGAGUUGGCUAAACUAGCCUACGAGGAGUUGGCUAAACUAGCCUACGAGGAGUUGGCUAAACUAGCCCACAAGGAGGUGGCUAAACUAGCCUACGAGGAGUUGGCUAAACUAGCCCACAAGGAGGUGGCUAAACUAGCCUACGAGGAGGUGGCUAAACUAGCCCACAAGGAGGUGGCUAAACUAGCCCACGAGGAGGUGGCUAAACUAGCCCACAAGGAGGUGGCUAAACUAGCCUACGAGGAGUUGGCUAAACUAGCCCACAAGGAGGUGGCUAAACUAGCCUACGAGGAGUUGGCUAAACUAGCCCACAAGGAGGUGGCUAAACUAGCCCACAAGGAGGUGGCUAAACUAGCCUACGAGGAGUUGGCUAAACUAGCCCACAAGGAGGUGGCUAAACUAGCCUACGAGGAGUUGGCUACUAAACUAACCUACGAGGUGGCCAAACUAGCCUACGAGGAGUUGGCUAAACUAGCCUACGAGGAGUUGGCUACUAAACUAACCUACGAGGUGGCCAAACUAGCCUACGCGGUGGCCAAACUAGCCUACGCGGUGGCCAAACUAGCCUACGAGGAGGUGGCCAAACUAGCCUACGAGGAGGUGGCCAAACUAGCCUACGAGGAGGUGGCCAAACUAGCCUACGAGGACGUGGCUAAACUAGCCUACGAGGAGUUGGCCAAACUAGCCUACGAGGAGUUGGCCAAAUUAGCCUACGAGGAGGUGGCCAAAUUAGCCUACGAGGAGGUGGCCAAAUUAGCCUACGAGGAGGUGGCCAAACUAGCCUACGAGGAGGUGGCCAAACUAGCCUACGAGGAGGUGGCCAAACUAGCCUACGAGGAGGUGGCCAAACUAGCCUACGAGGAGGUGGCCAAACUAGCCUACGAGGAGGUGGCCAAACUAGCCUACGAGGAGGUGGCUAAACUAGCCUACGAGGAGGUGGCUAAACUAGCCUACGGGGUGCUGAUCUACAUACAGGAGUACACCAGAAAGAUGCUAGGCCACUAUCAGCUGCUAAUCUAAUAAACACACACUCAAACAUAGAAACACACUUCUAUUUCACUUUAUUUGUCUCUGUCACACACACACGUCUAAGAAGGGAGAGAGGUUUUCAGGUUGCAUUUUCAGCAUUAUGUUUUGAGUCAGUUCAAACGCCUCUCUCUGCAGGAUACCUCUGUUAUAUGGCAGGAUCUUUCAUGUUUAGAGCCCUGCUUUAAAGAUGGCAUAUUCAGCAACGUGUCUGUGUGUGUCUGUGUAUACAUGUGUACAUGUGUCUGUGUGUGCGUGCGUGCGUGUCAGCAGGUGGCUCUAAUGUCCCUUGUCUCUCCUCUCCCCAGGUAUCCAUCCGGCUGCAUUUGGUCCCUGAG